AUGCAAAUUACAGAGUUACUCAGUAAAAUAGGAAAACCAUAUCGUAAACGCGUAAUUUGCAAAUCAUCAUCAUCAUCAUCAUCAUCAUCAUCAUCAUCAUCAUCAUCAUCAUCAUCAUCAUCAUCAUCAUCAUCAUCAUCAUCAUCAUCAUCAUCAUCAUCAUCAUCAUCAUCAUCAUCAUCAUCAUCAUCAUCAUCAUCAUCAUCAUCAUCAUCAUCAUCAUCAUCAUCAUCAUCAUCAUCAUCAUCAUCAUCAUCAUCAUCAUCAUCAUCAUCAUCAUCAUCAUCAUCAUCAUCAUCAUCAUCAUCAUCAUCAUCAUCAUCAUCAUCAUCAUCAUCAUCAUCAUCAUCAUCAUCAUCAUCAUCAUCAUCAUCAUCAUCAUCAUCAUCAUCAUCAUCAUCAUCAUCAUCAUCAUCAUCAUCAUCAUCAUCAUCAUCAUCAUCAUCAUCAUCAUCAUCAUCAUCAUCAUCAUCAUCAUCAUCAUCAUCAUCAUCAUCAUCAUCAUCAUCAUCAUCAUCAUCAUCAUCAUCAUCAUCAUCAUCAUCAUCAUCAUCAUCACAUCAUCAUCAUCAUCAUCAUCAUCAUCAUCAUCAUCAUCAUCAUCAUCAUCAUCAUCAUCAUCAUCAUCAUCAUCAUCAUCAUCAUCAUCAUCAUCAUCAUCAUCAUCAUCAUCAUCAUCAUCAUCAUCAUCAUCAUCAUCAUCAUCAUCAUCAUCAUCAUCAUCAUCAUCAUCAUCAUCAUCAUCAUCAUCAUCAUCAUCAUCAUCAUCAUCAUCAUCAUCAUCAUCAUCAUCAUCAUCAUCAUCAUCAUCAUCAUCAUCAUCAUCAUCAUCAUCAUCAUCAUCAUCAUCAUCAUCAUCAUCAUCAUCAUCAUCAUCAUCAUCAUCAUCAUCAUCAUCAUCAUCAUCAUCAUCAUCAUCAUCAUCAUCAUCAUCAUCAUCAUCAUCAUCAUCAUCAUCAUCAUCAUCAUCAUCAUCAUCAUCAUCAUCAUCAUCAUCAUCAUCAUCAUCAUCAUCAUCAUCAUCAUCAUCAUCACAUCAUCAUCAUCAUCAUCAUCAUCAUCAUCAUCAUCAUCAUCAUCAUCAUCAUCAUCAUCAUCAUCAUCAUCAUCAUCAUCAUCAUCAUCAUCAUCAUCAUCAUCAUCAUCAUCAUCAUCAUCAUCAUCAUCAUCAUCAUCAUCAUCAUCAUCAUCAUCAUCAUCAUCAUCAUCAUCAUCAUCAUCAUCAUCAUCAUCAUCAUCAUCAUCAUCAUCAUCAUCAUCAUCAUCAUCAUCAUCAUCAAUCCAUUGUCUGACAUUUCAUUAUUCAUGC